AUGGCUAGGCAACCUCUGCUUCUGUCGAAGAGCAGCAUAAGCGUAAACGCUUGUAUUAAAGAGAGGAAACAUGAUAAUUCUAACAGCAACACAGUUCAACUUCCCGAGAAGACCCGGAACUCAAGGGUUCUUGUGCUGGGUGGAACCGGUCGGGUUGGUGGGUCCACUGCCAUUGCUCUCUCCAAGUUUUUCCCUGACCUUAGAAUUAUUAUUGGUGGCCGAAACAGGGAAAAAGGUGAUGCAAUGGUGGCUCAAUUGGGGAAGAACUCUGAGUUCACCGAAGUCAACAUUGAAAUUGUGGACUCAUUGGAAGCAGCUUUGAAUGGGCCUUUUCAACAGGCUGAGAAAUGCAAUGUACUUGAAGCUGCCAUAGAGACCAAGACGGCUUAUGUUGAUGUCUGUGAUGAUACAAGCUAUGCACUGCGUGCAAAAUCCUUAAAGGAUAGAGCCUUAGCUGCAAAUAUUCCUGCCAUAACAACUGGUGGAAUCUAUCCAGGAGUAAGUAAUGUAAUGGCAGCAGAGCUAGUUCGUGCUGCGGAAACUGAAAGCGAGGGAAAGCCAGAGAGGCUGAGGUAA